AUGGCUAUGACUAUCCCAGCGCAGCAAUCAGACAGUGAUUCGUUAUACUUCAAAGAUUCCGUAUCGUGGAAACCUCCCUAUUUUAUUCGGCCUUUCGUCUCAACAACAGCAACUACAAAUGCCGAAUCUUCGAGGGAAAGUAGCACCAUUCAGAGCUUCCACUCAACAGCAGAUAAACUGUCUGUUCUAUCCAUGGAUCUCGGAGCUGCAGAAUGCCAGCCAUCGUCAAUCAAUGAAUCCACUGCUAGCUCUGCAACAAGUCCGUGCUCACAUUCAUCGGACGCUGAUUGGGCAAUCCCUGUGGUAUAUACGGAAAUGGUGGAGGCAGAUCGGAGUUCAUUGAAUCUGGCACUAAAAAGGACUACUGAAUCCACCGAAACAGCUGAUUUUUUUGAGGAGUUUGAAGAGUUAACGACUACUUCCUCUAAUGGCAUUGAAAUUUCACAAAACGAGUUAGACGUACCAUAUCGAAAGGAGAGGGACACGCUGCAAUUCCGAAAGUGGAUAAAAUCGUUCCGCCGAAAAGAAACAAACCACCGAAAAAGCUUAUAUUCGUCAACGGAAGGCGCUUCCGCACUCAUUGAUGGCGAUGCAGUUUCUUCUAUGCCUUCCUCAAAAGCGGAUACAAAAACACCUUCUUCAUCAAUGAGAUUUGUUACUGCUGUAAAGACGGCAUCAAAUACAUUUGCCUCUCUUUCUAUCGCAGGUGGAUCCACCAGAAGAAAGUCUAGUGGCGGCACACUAGAUGAUGCCACCGUAACAAGAAUGAGGGAUCGCAGAUGCGCACUUGAAGAAUUGAUAAAUACAGAAGAGUACUACAUCGCUGAUUUAAAGGUUUUGAUGAAUCUCUAUUUCUCUGUGCUCAAUGAUUGCGAUUGCAUAUCCGCAGAUGUCAAGGACGCCAUCAAACGCAACGUUGCCGAAAUACUUGAUCUCCAUGAGAGCUUGUUGUCAGAAAUAUUUCGCAUGCUCCCUGCUGCGUCACACCAAAUUCAGAAUUAUAAAGGGAAGUUUCUUGAUAUCAGCCCGCAAGUAGGUGAAUUGGAGAGGGCACACAUUUUGUCAAACCCAGAGGCAGCCGCUAAAGUGGCAGAAGUGUUCGAUAAAAUGAUGAGAGGGUUCUUUGUCUACGAAGAGUACUCCGCCAAAUACGAACUCGUGUGCCAAGAUCUAAGCCAAUUUCGCGGUCAAUCAUGGAAUUCAUGGGAGAAAGGAUGCGAGAUGCUGGCUGGAGCAAUAAACUCGCCAGACAAUCAACGGGAGUAUGGGAAGCGUGCUCUGACAUUAGAUGAUAUGCUUGUUAAGCCCAUACAAAGGAUAUGCAAGUAUCCUCUGUUUUUUGCAGAGAUAGUGAAAUAUACGCCAGCAAUGGACUGCCCCCAAACAAAUAGACUACUUGAAAAGGUUCGUUAUCGACUGGAAGAGACGGCGUACCAGAUUAACACAGCAAAACGCGAGGCACCAAGAACACGAGAGAGGAUAGAGAAGACAUGGUUGUUACAGGAUCGAAUAGACUUUCAGGAAAAGUCCGGAUUUUCUAUACGUCUUUUGGGACACAUUGUCCUGUGCGGCGUACUACAUGUCGUUUGGCAACGGCAAACAGGCGUUACCGGGGAAUAUCUAGCUUGUUUAUUAUACAAGUCUUACCUUUUGUUGGCGACAGUUUCCAAGGCAGAUAACAGGUAUAGCGUGAAGUUCGCUAUAACUUUGGCUACCGCCCGUAUUGAGGAGGUGAAUCAGGGCCGAGGUUUGACUUGUCAUUCUGCGCUUUUCUCAUGGAAAAUUAUAUUCGAGGCAGGGCAUCGAAUUUACGAAAUAUUAGUCAGUGCUUGUUCAGCGAAAGAGGAGGAGGUAUGGAGAACUCAGAUAUUGGACAGAGCGACAGCUGAAAGCAGAGACUACCAAGAGUACAGCUCAACGAACUUUGACCUUUUUGGUUCAAUGAAUUCCGAUGUGAAGCCGAUCGGAACCGUUUUUGGCCGCCCUGGAACUUUGGUCAGACAUCAAUCUCUCCAUCGUUCGGGGAGCGAUCCAAAAUCAGAUGUCGCCAAUGUUAUCAUCAAAAAUACUCAUGCUCUCUCCGAAGUCAUUUGUUCGCAGUCAAACGCCCCCAGUAUCAAUAGAAGCCUUUCUGUUUUGAGUAUCAAUCGAGUGCCAAUUUUUUCACCCAAGCGGUCUGAUAGGAAUAGCAUUGAGGCAAAGCUAGCAGAUGUUUGGACAAAGGAUAUGCUAUCUUUUGGAUCGAUGGGCCCUGGAACUCGGAAAAGAGCGGACACAAGCAACCUUAUGAAAAGGCUGUCUGUGGUUAGCUUGGUAUCAACAGUUGCAAGGAAAUCUAUGCACAGUUUACAGAGCUAUGGGAGUCAGUCAGAGGCCUCCUCAAUCCAAUCAUGUGAAUCCGGGGAUGGUGAUGAUUUUGAUGCUAUUGGGAAAAGGAUGGCAGGCAGCUCAGUGAAAUCCAAGCAACCACCAAAAAAUGCUCCGAACAUUGUCCCAAUGAAAAGGGCAUUCUCGUUUUCAGCCACAGGAAGGAAAAACAGCAAUGAUUGGAAAAAUACUUGGCGUAAGAGUGCCGCCCCCUCUAAGGAUGAUAAACGGCGGCUCCCGAUGACGCAAGAGGAUAUUCGGAAUUUGGGCUGUCAAGAGAGUGUUUAA